GACAGCACCGAUCCUUCUGCCCAGUCACAGCCCAUAACCCUCGAUUCAUCACAACUCUCACCGCCGCCUUCCUCACCGUUCACUAGUUUGCCCGAUGCAGAUCCUGAACAGAUCCCCGAUGAUCCUGCACCCGACCCGAACCCGCCUUGUCCUAUCUGCGGAGAGAAGAUUGAAAAGGACUUUUGGGAUAAGUUUCAAGAUGACAUCUGCCAUAGACGUAUGAAUCUACGCCUCCAGGAGAAGUUCUGUCAAGCACACAAAGCCCGCAAUGCCGACGACGUUUGGAACGACAGAGGCUACCCCAAGAUUGACUGGUCCGCACUACAAGAUCGACUCAAGGCACAUCGCCAUCAUAUACGCGCCAUUCUGGAUAACGACAAGGCGAGAGAGAGUCCUUAUUACAAACAGCAUGCAAAGAUGAUCAAGUCAGCAAAAGGCCAUACUGCCACAGCGGCCGGCGGCCGUUUUACUGGCUUACGCGCUGGGUACUACGGAUCAAAAGGCGAGAAGAUCAUUGCUGAAAACAUCGUCCGUACAUUCUCAGACAAAUUACGCGAGCUUUCCGAGACCGAUCCAAUCAUAGCUUCUGGUGGUGCAUCCGGAGGCAUGUCGGGCUUCGUGCACGCCAUCCUGGUGCCUGAAAUGGUUGUCGAACUGAUCAUGGAGGACAUGAAUUGUGAGAGAGAUAAAGCUAGACUCGUUCUAUCAGAGAGUGUGGACAUGGGCGAAAUCUUCAAUGAGGAAGAGGAUGAGAAGGCACGGCGGGUCGAAGUCGAUCUACUAGAUACCAGCAUCCUGGACGACGACAACGACGACAACAGUCACCAAAGCAUCUUGACAGAGAAACCCCGCAAGAAAUUCCGAUUAGCUUAA